CUCCCUAGCGCGUGUGUACGUACACAUGCCCUCGAGAAAAGUGUAUUAUUAAUCAGCUGGUAUGAAUGAGUCAGUCCAAACACGCACACACUGAGCGGCAUGUGCGUGGACAACAUGGGCACGAUCCUGCGCGUCUUCGCCCGGUGUCGCUUUAAAAAUCAGAAUCCAAGGCCAAUGAUUUAUCAAACUCUUAUUAUCAAGAAAAUGUCAAGCGAAGGGCACCUUGCUCCGCACUGACGCAAACCCAAUCUUUCCCACUGAGGUAUAGAAAGCUUUACACUAAGCACGGCCAAAUCCACUCCUACUUCURCCAGUUCUCUUUACAGCUGUUUUUCAACGUCAGCACGUCUGAAGCGUCUUCACAAAUGGAUUUCUCCGACCAGAGAGAGAUGACCAAACAGCCGGCCAAUGCUCCUACCGGUUUUAACCCGUUGCACCAGCUGGAGGGAGCGGUAGGAGUUCCCGCAAACAACCCGUAUAAUGCCCUUAACCAAACGUCCGCCGCURACCCGGCCCCUCAGCCAGCGCCAUCCAACGAYAGCAAAACUUUCUGUCCCACGGAAAACAAACCGGGAGAAGUCAGUAAAGUCUAUGGAACAUUUAAAAAUGCCGCUCCGGCGGUGCCUGGAUCCGUGGCUGCGAACUCGGCCUUCCGUGAGGAUUCCACCAGCUCAGUUGGUGGUUCUGCUGCCCAGGUUGUCCCUGUCCAGUGCGGGGACCCGCUUAGGGCUACCGGGGAUCAAAACAAUGCAUCGGGCAACUGGACCACCAUGAGUCAGACCACCAUCAUUCUGGGCGCAGAUGGCAACACGUCUGUUCAGCCCGGCGCCGUGACCGGGGAGGACGAGAGUGGAGAUGAGAAUAAGGCCAGGGGUAACUGGACUAAUAAAUUGGAUUUCAUCCUGUCCAUGGUUGGUUAUGCCGUGGGACUGGGAAACGUGUGGAGGUUUCCAUACCUUGCCUUCCAAAAUGGUGGAGGUGCUUUUUUGAUCCCCUACCUGAUAAUGUUGUGCCUCGCCGGGAUCCCUAUCUUUUUAUUGGAGGUUUCCCUGGGUCAGUUUGCCAGCCAGGGCCCGGUGUCSGUGUGGAAAGCCAUUCCAGCUCUGCAAGGUUGCGGGAUUGCCAUGUUGAUAAUAUCUGUCUUGAUAGCCAUAUACUAUAACAUUAUUAUGUGCUGGACACUGUACUACCUGUUCGCUUCGUUGAAGGGCUCACUGCCAUGGGCUAACUGUAAGAACGAGUGGAACACGUUGGACUGUAAGGACAAAGACAUGCUUCUCUUAGACACGUGUAUCCUCCAUGAUAAAAACAUCACCUCUGUAAAGAACAGCUCGUUCUGUCUGUCGGCUCAAGCCAUUGGAAACCUGAGCAAACUGGUUAACAUGACCUAUCCGGACAACCAAACGUACGUCAGCCCCAGCGAGGAGUACUUCAAGUACAAUGUCUUGCACAUCUCCAAAGGGAUAGAGUACCCUGGAGACAUCCGCUGGCCCCUCGCAGGCUGCUUGUUGCUGGCCUGGUUGAUAGUCUACCUCUCCCUGGCUAAAGGAAUCAAGUCAUCAGGGAAAGUGGUGUAUUUCACAGCUACGUUCCCCUAUGUGGUUCUGGUCAUUCUGUUGUUCAGAGGAGUGACCCUCCCAGGGGCUGGRGACGGCAUCCUCUACUUCAUCACACCCAAGUGGGAGAAACUCUAUGAUGCUAAGGUGUGGAAGGAUGCUGCUACCCAGAUCUUCUUCUCUCUCUCAGCAGCCUGGGGAGGCCUCAUCACACUGUCUUCUUACAACAAGUUCCACAACAACUGUUACAGGUAAGUACUUCUCAUUGUGCUGCUUAACAGCUUCACUUCCUGCCAUUUACAACCGCCACUGGGAGUGAUCUCGAAUCCUCUGUCUCGCAAUCACACGUGACCCGCCCCUCUUGAUGACAUUUUAGCCGGCUGCGCCACCGUAAAGCUAGGAACUCGAUGGUGCAGGUGGAGACAUUUCGAAACCGGAGGAGUGAGGUUACCAAUCAACACGACGCAGACUCAAAUUGCUGUCGUCCCAGCAACCUGCUUUAUGUAACAUACUGUGUUAUGUAGCUUUGAAGGUGAACACAUGGCUCUAUGACAACAUACGGUUGUUAAAGCAAGGGUCGUCGAAAUGUGUAAAAGGUCAAAAAUACAGUUCUGAUAAAUGUAACAGCUGUAUAAUGGAGCAAGAUAUUCAAAACUUUUUGGAUUUUGAAAAUCUAUCAAAUGUUGACUGCACAUAAACCAUUAUAUAAUUACAUCAGAAUGAUAAUGUAUAUAUCAUGUAUAAAUAUAUACAAUUUAGCAGACGCUGUUAUCCAAUGUGACUUACAGUCAUGCGUGCAUACAUUUCACGUAUGGGUGGUUCCAGGAAUCAAACACACUAUCCUGGCAUUGCAAGCGCCUUGCUCGACCAACUAAACUACAGAGCACUUAGAAUGAGAGACAUGAAAUCAAUAAUAUCCAGGAAUUUUGGUGGGAAUUCAGGAAUUCAGGUAAUUUCAAAUAUUUAAAAAAGGUAUUUUUUGAAACAUCACAUGCCACUUUUUGUUUUACCAUACAGGCCAAUUGCAAUCAACAGGCAGAAUCGAACACGAAGCUGUGUGUUGGAAUUGGAUUUCUUAAAACAUUACUAACGGGAGAUUACAUGCACCGGUGUAA